GCCGCAGGACAGCCAGCUCCGAGCACCGGCACCCCCGCGGCUUCUCACACAAGGGCAGCGUCGGUCCGAAGUUGCCUUCCUUGCUCUGCAGCUGCGGGGGGACCAACCGCUCUGUGCUGCCUCCCUCCCUCCAAAGCAGCGCGAUUGUUAAAAGCCCAGGUUCUCUUUCCCUUUUUCCCUUUUUUUCUCUUUCCUCCCCGCCUAUACCGCACCUUCGUCUUCCACCACCACCAGUGGGCUGCAGUGCCUGCCCGCUGCCCCCCACAUGCCCAUCCCCCGCGGAGCGACACGGCGGGGGGGGCGAAGGAGGCGGGAGGCUGCAACCUGCCGGCGGGGCAGGGCCGGCCCCCGGCGGGCGGUCGGAGCAGGGCGGCGUCUGCCAUUGGCCGCGGCGCGGAGCGACACCUGCUCGGCUCCCUCAUGCGAGUGACACCGGGGCUCGGCGGGGAUAUUUGAGGCACCCUCCGGCGCCGUUGCCGCCACUCCGCGCUCGCCGCCGUGUCGGGCACAUGCGGUUCGCGGGGCCGCGGCGAGGAGCGCGCUGGGCCCGGGUGCGGCACCCCACGGGGGAGGACGCGGCGGCGGCGGCGGCGGGGGGAAGGCGCGACCAUGUGCGCGGAGCUCCGCGGCAAGCUGCUGGCCCUGGCCCUACUGCUCGCCAGCGCUCGGGCGGCGGUGGGCACUGAGGCGACCCACCCGCCGGAGGGGCCGCAGGACAGGACCCCGCAGCAGAAGGGGCGCCUGUCCCUGCAGAACACAGCUGAAAUCCAGCACUGCCUGGUUAAUGCUGGUGAUGUGGGAUGUGGAGUGUUUGAAUGCUUUGAGAACAAUUCUUGUGAGAUCCGAGGCUUACACGAGAUCUGCAUGACAUUCCUGCACAACGCUGGAAAAUUUGAUGCCCAGGGAAAAUCCUUCAUUAAAGACGCUCUGAAGUGUAAGGCUCAUGCCUUGAGGCAUAAAUUCAGCUGCAUCAGCCGUAAGUGCCCUGCCAUUAAAGAGAUGGUGUUCCAGUUACAGCGGGAGUGCUACCUGAAGCAUGACCUCUGCUCCGCUGCCAAGGAGAACGUCCAGGUCAUUGUGGAGAUGAUUCACUUCAAAGACCUGCUGCAGCAUGAGCCAUACGUUGACCUAGUGAAUAUCCUCCUCACCUGUGGCGAGGAGGUGAAAAAGGCAAUAACACGAAGUGUCCAGGCCCAGUGUGAACAGAACUGGGGAAGUCUCUGCUCCAUCCUGAGCUUCUGCACCUCAGCCGUGCAUGGUGAAGCCAUCCUGGGUCCUGAGAAGAAACCAGGUGACACCAGCAAAGCCGCUGCAGGCCGCGGGGACAUGCUGGCCCACUCCGACUCAGACCACAGGGAGAGCUCGCGAGCAUCUAAGGGGGAGAGAGGUACAAAGGGCCACCUGAAUGCUCAUGCCCGGGUGAAAGCUGGGGGCCACGGUCCCAAAGGGGCACACGGGAUCACAGACCGGGCAGAUGAACUGUCCGACUUCUCUGACAUCCGGAGGUGAAAAAUGACACCAACUUCCUGUUACCCCCAUCCUUCCCCUCCACUGGAAACCUCCUCCGUUGAGUCCCAUCUUCCCAUCUAUGGACAUUCCAAAGCAUUUCCCAUUCAGAGGUCAAGCACAGGGCAUUGCAAGAUAUAUAUGGACCUCAGCAACAGUGUAUAUAGUAGCAAAGGGAGAGCAGUGGCAAUGGGUUAUAUAUCCAGCAAACUCAACACUUGAGCAGCCGCCAAAUGUUGCAAAAUGUCUCCAACUAAAUUCUUUUCCCCUUUUGUUCUGAAAUGGACAUCAGUUGAAACUUAGGAUCUUGUUUGGGGGUUGUUGGGUUGGUUUGGGGUUUUGUUUUGCUUUUUUUCUUGGUCCCCUUGGCAGGGGAGAAGGUUCCAAGAGGGCUCAGCCAGAUUGCAUGUGGCUGUUUGUGGCUUAGCACCUCUGAAGGUUUAGGGCACAGCCCUACAGCAGAUGGCUGAAUUCCAGGGGGAUUUGGUUUCUGCUUGUGGCUGGGAACGCAAGAGCUCAAGGCUCUCUGUGUGACACUCUCUAGUUGAAAUAGCUACUCUGUCUCUUGCACAGGAACCGUGUGGUCUGGAGCUCCACCGCUUUCUCUUAACUAACUUCUGAGCCAUUGUUCCCAUCUGGGUGAUGCUGCCUAGUUUAAGUGCCCCCUGUUUGUGUUUUAACCACUGCAUAACUUAGCACUUGCUAAUCCAGACGCUUCAGUAUAUCAAAGGUGAGUAGUCAGCUUCCAAAAAAGGCAAUGUGACUGUUAAGACUUGCACAAUAUGGAGGACUCCCAAGAGUAUGCUAGUGGACCUCUCAAGCCCCUGUGCAUCUUCUCAGCUUUACACCUGCCCACUGGGUGACAGAGAUCCUUCACCCCUAGAGGCAGCCCAAAGUUAGGAUGGGUGCAGGCUCAGACAAUAAAGGACCCGGUGUACUUUGUUCUUCUGUAGGGCUGCAUUGAAGGCCCAGCAGAAAUGUAUCUCUCCUUAGCAGUACCGUGGUGCAUUUGCUGGGCUGUGGAGCCUCACUUUAACCUGCCUAUCAGCUGUGGUUUAUCCAAAUGCCAAAGAUAAGGAGAGGGGGUGGAUUUGGUAACCGCUAUGUAGAUAAUGACCACCAAUAUCUGCAGAAUGAGUUACUGAAGGUGGAGACUGUAAAGAGCUUAUUGUCUCUGAGCAGCUGUAAGUGCGAACAAGGUGUUUGGACACGUCUCUCCUACCCCCUAUGCAAUUGUAGUUCUCAGCUUGCAGAUCCUCAAGCCUGUAUCCCCAGAUACUGUACUGGAAAUGGAGGUUAGAGCAUCCACAGGGACAGAAGGGCGAGCUCUUCAGCUUCCUCUAGAGAAAAUGCAAGUUUUCUUAAAGUGGGAAUCACACCAGGGAUUUGAGCCUUCUCAUUUAGAAAGUUUGGGAGGAAAGCUGUGGGGGCAGGAAGGCAGUUCAGUAGAGACAGAACGUACCCAGCAAAGUAACGUACGUCUUGCCGCAUGGUGGGAAGGAGCUGCAUAAACAGUAGAAGGUGGUGGAAUUUGGCUACAAUUUCCAACUAAGAUUUUAGUUACUGCUAAGUGAGCACAGCUCUUAAUAGCUGUAUUCAGGGUUUAAUGCAUGUAUCCACCCGCAGAAGAUAUAGGCAUUACUUUUAAUAGAAGCCACGUAGGAAGCAAGAGAGGACCAUUAAGUUGAAAAGGUGUGUCUCUAUGUCAUCACCAGGUCUUUGCUUGAAUACAUGACCUUGAUCCUGCCUGAUUAUAACUAUGUUCUGUGAUAAAAUUUUCAUGUGACUUAAUUAGAAAGAGGUGGGAUCGGACCAGGUACUACAGUAGCAAAGACCAUGCCAACAUGAGGAGCAGAGCUCCUGGCAGUGAGAGUGCCAGCUGCUCUGUUGGCCCAUAUGCAGCUGUCCCAUGAAGGAGCUUGCCAAGGUUUGUUUGGGCCUGCCUCUGAUGGCCAACUCUUCGGCUCCAAAAACAAAGUGGCUGCUGGUGAUACUCUUAAGAAGGUUUCUAGCAUGCCUCCAUGGGUUUCCUCUGAGUGUCCUCUCUCCCUUGGUGGCAUGUAGCCACCAUGAAGAACAAGCUCAAACCAAAAAGACAAUCCAAGAGAAAAAAAACACCAAACACAAAACAGAAACAUCUUGCUACCAAUGUUCUUGCAUCGAACUAAAAUAAGAUCCCUCUCUGACUAGAGGUCUGAUUUAUCAAUGGGAACCAAACACAGAGCACUACAUCCUUGAAUGUCUCGCUCAACAUACCACCUCAGCAUGCAUACAGUUUUAUUUGUAUUCAUUUGUUCUAGGGGGAAAACUGUACAUUCCCCUUGUUUAGUCAGUGGAAAUUUUGGGGGGGAGGGCAAGCUGUGGGUGGGAGGGAUUUUUUUUUUUUUUAAAUAAGGCAUAACUUUUUUUUCCUCUGUGUGUGAAGAUUUUAUGUGUUCAUCUACUGAUUCCACAUAUGCUAUUAUUGUAAAUAUUUAACAUUUCUAUUUAUUAUAGUGUCUCCAUUAAAAAGAAAACAAAACCAAAACACUGCUGGCUAUUAUAAUUUAAACAUGUCAUGACCUGUGUUGUAUAUAUUCAUGCCACUAGUAUGUUUUUUGUUAUGUUUAAAGCUGCGUAAAUAUAGUUUUAUACAGUUCCAUAAUGUUAUUGACAGCAUAAAUCAUUUAUUUAUUGUUAAACCUUCUUUCAUAUCUAACAAAUAGGGCGUGUUUUACCUGAGAUUAUUUUAUUGUGACAUCUGCAUAGCCUUAAUUCUUUAUAAAAAAAAAAAAGGAGGAAAAAAAAAAGAGUCUGUUUAGAUACUGUAUGAUGCUUUAACAUUCCUUAUGAACUUGCUGUUCAUGAAGGAGGUUUAGCUUAAAAGCUAAGGUAUGAAUGUUUUCCUUUAUGCUUUGCAUCUGGAAUGAGCCUUGUUCUGGAAUGAAAAUACUGGGAGAAGCAAAAUGCCUACUGGAGAAAGAUAGCAGUAAACCCUGGAAGAUGCUGUCCUAACUUGAAGUGCUGAAAUAAAAGGGAAGGAAAAAAAAAAGAAGAAAGGAACAAAAAAUACCAAACUGUCCUUAAUUCCAAAUCUCUGGGAGAAAAACAUACUAGUUCUAUCUCAUGUAGAAGUUGCAGCCAAAUAAGCUUGUACAAAAAAAAAUAGAAAAGGAAAAAAAAAUGCAUAUGACUUUAGACAAAGCUCUGUACCUUUCACACUAUUAUUUUCCUUAAACACUAAUAAAUGUUUUGAAUAAG